UCUUAUCCCGGAAGUCCGCGAAACAGAAGUCCGGAAGUUCGAGAGACUGUUCUCUCGCACUAAUUGUCGUACACGUUCCUCGGUUCUGGCAAACGUGCGUGUCCUGCAGCUUUUCUGGUUCCGAUCCGUUGUGUCCUGUGCAGGUCACCGCUUGCGGAUCUGGAUCGGGCGCAAGGCAGAUUGAGCAAACCGAGCGUGUGCACUCCUCAGGAGGAGCCAGCGGAACGGCCGCUUGUGGAGCUUGUUGUGGUUGCAGGCUUCGGGUGUGUUUUUCCAAGCCUGGUCGGCUGUGCAGUGGAGCCCAGGUUCCAGGGAUGUAUAUGCAGGUGGAAACACGUACCAGCACCCGCCUCCAUCUGAAGAGGGCUCCCGGCAUCCGGUCUUGGUCCCUGCUAGUUGGAAUAUUAUCCACUGGCCUGGCUGCUGCCUAUUACAGUGGAGAUAGUCUGGGCUGGAAGCUCUUCUAUGUCACAGGCUGCCUCUUUGUGGCUGUACAGAACUUGGAGGACUGGGAGGAGGCCAUUUUCAACAAGAGCACUGGGAAGGUCAUCUUAAAAACAUUCAGCCUCUACAAGAAGCUGCUGACUCUUCUCAGAGCGGGCCAUGAUCAAGUGGUGGUCCUGUUGAAAGACAUCCAGGAUGUGAAUGUGGAGGAGGAAAAGGUCCGUUACUUUGGGAAGGGCUACAUGGUGGUGCUCCGGUUUGCAACAGGCUUCUCCCACCCCCUUACUCAGAGUGCAGUCAUGGGCCGACGCAGUGACGUGGAAGCCAUUGCCAAACUCAUCACUAGCUUCUUGGAGCUGCACCGCCUGGAGAGCCCCUCAGAACGGUCACAAAGCAGUGACAGUGAACCUGAUGGCCCUGGUGGCCAGAGCUGACAGUGUGGAAUGGCUGCUGGUGAAUGUCACCCACUUCCGAUGCGUCUCCGACUGACUUGCCAAUUAUAAGGGUACAGGCAGACCUUGGACACCCGCCUAUGGCUCCUUGGGCAGUCCUACUACAGACUACCCGCCUUUUGCUUGUUUACGCUUCUACACUUUGCAGAACCAUGGGCUAGGCCUCUCCCACAACCCAGAAAGGCUGCAUCUGUCAGGAUGCAGGGGGUGGAUGCUACAUCCAGGGGAGGGCGAGGUCUCAGAAGUUAGUGCCUUCCCCGUGGCCGCUCUGGGUUGGGCAGCACAGCCGGGUCUGCAUAAGCUCGCCCAAGGGCAGUCUGAAGUAUAAGAUGCCAAGCUUUCUUCAGCAUAAGCCUAGUGCCUGCCUUCAAGAUGCCUUGCCACCCCAGGAUAUUGUAGGCAAGACUCCACUUCAUAGUGAGAGUGAGACACCCACACGCAGGUAGGAAGGACCCACUCCUGUAAACACUGAUGUUUACUCUCCCUGACCAUCCCUCAAGAUGGACACCCUUGGUGGUCAGGAGCUUCCCUGAAGGCAACUAUGGAUGCUGAAUGCCUGGCCACAGAACUCUCAGAGAAAUCAGAGUGUUGCUGACUACCCUGUUCCUUCUCAGACAACUUUGUCUGAGAUCCCAGCACUGUUGUAGCACAGCAGGAAUGGAAGGCUCUCCCAACCCAACCAGGGAAGAAGCUGCUACUGGAGGAAAGGUCACCUCUUUUGGUUUUUGGCAUCCUGCUGUCUUUAAGACCUGGGAGCUCCUUUACAGAAACUGAGUCUUAGCCUUUCAAGCCUUGAAAAGACCUGAAGAAAAUAGGCAUGUGGAGACACAGCCCUGUCAAUCCCAGUGUUCAGAAGUGGGGCGGGAAGAAAGUUCAAGGCCAGCCUGGGCCAUGGCCUCUUCUAAUAAAGUUGGUACCAACCACUUACGGUCCUUUUCUGCUCUUCUAGUUUCCUUCUGAGUCGACUCAAGUCCCUCAAAAGUACACUGUUUACUAAGUUUCCAGCUAGAAGCUGUGGAUCUCUGGUCUACACAGAGCUCCUCCAAGCCGUAUACCCAUACCUCAUCAGGUAGACCUGGGAAAUAGAAGAGUUACAUAGACAAAGAAGUUAAGGCAGCCCUGAGGCUACUGCCCCUAGGCUGAGCACAGUAGUUAGGCAAGAACUAUGAACAGGUCUUCUGAGGUGACUGCUACUAGUCCCAACUUGGGAACAUGGUCCCUUGAACAUGCUAAAGUGAGCUUUCUAAAUGGUUAAGUUAGAGAUUUUUCUCCCCAGAUGAAAUGUGAAAUAUAGCUUGUUGGUUUUUGGCUUGUUGCCCACAGACUCUUAAGGUACUUUAGACAAGAGAAGGAGGAGUCUGUCUCUUAGGUGCUGUCAUAUCCCCUUCCAAUAUUGCCCAGUGCUGAGACUCAUUCCUUGGUGAAGGCAUGAAAUUCUCUAUGGUGGUAAAAAGUUGAUCCAAGUUUCUGUUGGUGGGACUUCCACUUCCUGGUCUUUUUAUUUCAGAAGUAAUAAAGCUCUACGUGCAAAUUACAAA